CAAGAUACUGAAAGCAGCAUGGAUAACCUUACUUCCAUAUCCUCUUUUCUGUUGCUGGAAUUCUCAGAUAUGAGAGAACUUCAAAUCUUAUACUUUUUUGUCUUCCUAGCACUCUACUUGACUGCAUUAAUAGGUAACCUUCUCAUUAUCACUGUAGUUGCAGUUGAUUCCCACCUUCACACUCCCAUGUACUACUUCCUAUUUGAUUUGGCCACGGUGGACAUUGGGUCAAUUUCUGUUAUGGUGCCUAAGGCUAUGGCUAUGUCCCUCAAGAAUGAUAGGUCAAUUUCUUAUGCUGGCUGUGUUGCUCAGGUUUUCUUUUAUAUUUUCUUCGUAGCCUCAGGUUAUAAUGUCCUAACUAUAAUGGCUCAUGAUCGCUAUGUAGCAAUCUGCCAUCCACUCCAUUAUGAGAGAAUCAUGCACAAAGGAGUCUGCCUACAGAUGGUAGCCAUUGGGCUGAUUGCUAGUCUUAUUUAUGCCAUAUUACACACUGUUGGUACCUUUGCAAAUACUUUCUGUUCCAAUAUUGUCAAUCAGUUCUUCUGCGAAAUCCCACAAUUUCCUUAG